CGAAAUAACCGAAAGAGCGCAAUAAGGGACAACCGAGUGAAACCAUUUUCGGAGAAAAAGAACCAAAAUUUGACAACAAUUCUCUUCUCUGUGAAACGAAAACAAACAUCGUUUCGUUGUGUUCUGUUCUGUUCUAUUGCGCCUUCAUUCCCUGAUUCAAAUCAUCUUUGUGCGUGUAAAUUUGCAUGAUCGAAACAGCAAAUAGCGAAUCGAAUUGAUCGAUUUUUCUUGCAUUGGUUGAAAACAUGGGCGAUCAGUUAGCUAAGGCGGAGGAUUUCUUGAACAAGGCGGAGAAGAAGCUCAGCGGUUGGGGUUUGUUUGGCUCCAAAUUUGAGGAUGCUGCUGAGCUUUUCGAUAAAUCGGCUAAUUCCUUCAAGCUCGCCAAAUCAUGGGAUAAAGCAGGAUCAACCUACAUCAAGUUGGCGAAUUGUCAUUUAAAGUUGGAAAGCAAGCAUGAAGCUGCUCAAGCUUUUGUUGAUGCUGCACAUUGCUAUAAAAAAACCAAUAUAAAUGAGGCUGUGUCUUGUUUAGACCAAGCUGUAGAUAAUUUCUGUGAAAUUGGAAGAAUCUCUAUGGCUGCUAGAUAUUUGAAGGAAAUUGCUGACUUAUAUGAGUCCGAGCAGAAUAUUGCACAGGCCAUUGUUUACUAUGAAAAAUCAGCUGAUUUUUAUGAAAGUGAAGAAGUGAACACUUCUGCGAACCAGUGCAAGCAAAAAGUUGCUCAGUUUGCUGCUCAGCUUGAACAAUAUCAGAAGUCAAUUGUGAUUUAUGAAGAUAUAGCUCGCCAGUCUCUCAACAACAAUUUGCUGAAGUAUGGAGUUAAAGGACACCUUCUUAAUGCCGGCAUUUGCCAACUUUGUAAAGGGGAUCAUAUUGCUAUUACCAAUGCAUUAGAGCGAUAUCAGGAACUGGAUCCAACAUUUUCAGGAACACGUGAAUAUAGACUUUUGGCGGAUAUUGCUGCUGCUGUUGAUGAAGAAGAUCUUGAAAAGUUUACUGUUGUUCUCAAGGAGUUUGAUAGCAUGACUCCUCUGGACUCUUGGAAGACAACACUUCUCUUGCGGGUGAAGGAAAAGCUGAAAGCCAAAGAACUUGAGGAGGAUGAUCUUACAUGAAUUGAACCUGCCUUAGUCUUCUGUCUAUUGGACUUCGUGUUUUGGUGAUGUGUCCUACAUUAUGCUUGUAUGUGCAGUUAUUCAUCUUUCAUAUUAUUGUACUAAUAUGAAGUGUACUUGCUUUGGGUUUCGAUUGAUGUGGUCUUGUAUGAAUUCUUGAAAUGAGUUUGUUGAGAGGUUAGAGUCCUACCUGAUCCACUUUCAUUGGAUUAGCAUGCCACGGCUACAGGGUGUUGUCAACUUAUCAUAAAAAUAUGUUAUUAUUAAUAGCAGCUUAUUUGGAAGGAGGAUUAAAAACCUCCAUCAUUGAUGGAUCAAUAGAAUGUCUCAGGCUACUAUUUACAUUUAACCUGUGUCAUUUUGAUCCUUUCUGAAUAAUUGCAUAUGUGGAAUGGAAGCAAGAGAGCUUCCAUCAUUAUUGUUUUUA